GCCGCCGCUGCUCCAGUUGCAGCUGCUCCAGUUGCCGCUGCUCCUUCCGCUGCUCCUACCGCUGCUGCUCCUGCCGCUCCUCCAGUCGCCGCUCCUCCAGUCGCCGCUCCUCCAGUCGCCGCUGCUCCAGUCGCUGCUGCUCCAGUUGCCGCUGUUCCUGCCGCUGCUCCUGCCGCUCCUGCCGCCGCUGCUCCUGUUGCUGCUGCUCCUAUUUCUGCUGAACCAGUGGUCGCUGCUCCAGUCGCUGCUGCUCCAGUCGGUGCUCCUCCAGUCGCAGCUGCUCCUGCCGCCGCUGCUCCUGUUGCUGCUGCUCCAGUUGCUGCUCCUGUUUCUGCUGAACAAGUGGUCGCUGCUCCAGUCGCUGCUGUUCCUGCCGCCACUGCUCCAGUUACCGCUGCUCCUGUUGCCGCACCUCCUGUAGCUAGUCCUCCUGUCGAAGCACCGGCAGCUGCACCUGCACCUGACACUGAUGUUGCCCUUCCCGCGGAUCCAGUUCCUUCUGAUUCCACACUACCCGCUGCUGCUGCUCCACUUGACAGUCCUCCCGUCGCCACAGCUCCAAUCACUGAAGAUCCCUCAACUCCUGCCCCAGAAACUUUACAAGCUACUGUCUCUGUCGAGACACCGCCCACUGUUGAAGCAACACCUGCUGCUGCCACUUCCGUCAAUGAAGUAACGGCUCUAUCAGAGACCGCUCCUCCAGCUGUCUUAGACCCAGCUACAACGGCAACGGAUGUCAAUUUGGAGACUAAUCCGCCCGUUUCAAGCGAAGCUCAUACACCUCCAGUUAAUGUCGUUGAUGCCCCUCCUGUCAACUCGGAAGCAGAAACAGUAUCCGUGCCUCCUUGCGAACCCAUAGUUGAACCAGUUACGGAGGCUAAAGUUCCCGAACCGGUGGUUGCUCCAAAGGAAGCUGUUGCUCCGCCGGCAGCAGAAGUUCCAGCACCAAUAUCCGAAGAACUCACUGCCACAGCGGAAGCCUCACCACCAGUUCCGGAAACCGUUGAAGCCACCUCUGUUGAGGAAUCCACAGCGGUUCCAGAAACUGUUCCAGAACAAAUUCCUACCGCUGCAGAGGUCCCAGUUAGCGAGACUCCAGUUCCUGAGCCAACUGCAGAGACUUCCGCUCCAGUGGAGGAGAUCAUUCCAGAACCCGCUGCAGUCGACGCUUCCGCGAUUAAUCCUGAACCUGUUAUCGAGGUAGCAGCAGUUGAACCUGUUGUUGAGGAAGUUGUUGCUACCCCGGCUCCAGUUGAGGAUCGACCUAAUCCAAACCCUGAAGAGCCAGUCACUAUAGUCGAAGCGCCGGUACCUGUUCCUGAAGAAACUCCCAUCCCCGAUCCAGUCAUAGCUGCCGAAACCACACCUGAAGCAAUAGCGACAGAAACCCAAGAUGUUCCUGCCACUGCUGAUAUUUCCGGCCAAGAGGCUACAGCUGCAGCUUCCGAGGAGGCAGUGAUAGCAGCUCCAGAAGCAGAUCCUAAUGUAGAACCAACUCCUGCGGCAGAAGAAGCUGUUGCAGCAAGUGCACCUGCUCCGGAAGCAGAGCCUCCAGCUGCUGAUCCAAAUAUAGGAACUGAAGUAAUGGCUGGGGAACCCAUUCCAGCUGCAGAAAGCAUUAAUGCACCAGAAACUCCAGCCAUUAUUGCUGAAGAUCCUCCCCAAAUUGUAACGGGUGCCGAGCCGGCAGAAUCUGUUCCAGAAGCAGUUUCUGCCGUAGAGGUUCCUUCAGAUGAACUUGCAGAUCGAUCAGCGGAUCCAAACUCCGUUCCUGUGGCAAAGAUAACACCUUUGUUGAGGGAUCUCCAAACCACCGAUGUCUCCCUCCUGGCCAUUGCAGCCACCUUGGAUGCCAUUGGAGAGAAGCUGAAGGAUCAAAAGGCUCGCAAUCAGCAAGUAAUGGACAGGCUAUGCGAAAUUGAGAAAAUACUGGGUCCACCGAAAACGAAUUAGAUUAAACUGAGUUACAUAUGUUUUGUUCAGCUUCCUAGAAAUGCUACCAUAUUACUGAAUAAAUAAAUGAUAAAAGUA